AAGCUAUAGAAAUUAGGCAUCAACGAAAUGAACCCAUCGACUCUGCCAACCUUGAUUAGUUGACGUACUCAUUGUACAACUUGUAACACCAAUUCGUGUGAUCGAAAUUUGCAUUCAAUCAUCUCUAGUAUACACAAUUAUACACCAUCCCCAAAAAUUACUCCAAACAGUAACAGACCAACAGUUAUGUCAUAUAUUGUCAUCCACUUGAACCGUUGAUAGGGAACACAGGUUUUACCGCGGCACUAGCAGAAGUCCCUCAAACCGCCAAUCUAAACCUCCAACCCCCCAAAUCUCUCUUUAUCUCUACCCCAUCAAAAAGUUCAAUUUCGAAAUCAGUUUAUUUGAUCAGUAAUCGCGAAGAAGGGAGCUUCUUAAACCCUUCAAAUUCAACUAUUCAAUGAGCAGUAGCAGCAGCAGCAGCAAUUCUAGACCGCCAGCAGAAGACGCUUGGAUUCACGCUUACAAGACCUUAAUUCCCCAAUGGCAACACCUCUCACUUUCUCUAUCCCACUCUCACCAGUCAUUAAUUCCAAUAUCGAUAUCUAGAGUAAACCAAUUCGAUGCGGCAAGACUGGACAUUGAAAUGUCAGCCAUGUUGAAAGAACAGUUAGUUAAGGUCUUCUCCUUGAUGAAGCCAGGAAUGUUAUUUCAAUAUGAAGCAGAACUUGAUGCUUUCCUCGAGUUUCUUAUCUGGCGGUUCUCAAUUUGGGUAGAUAAGCCUACUCCAGGAAUUUCUCUCAUGAACCUUAGAUAUAGAGACGAACGUGCACUGGAAGCGAGAGGAAAAGUCAGGACAGGAUUGGAAGGACCUGGACUUACAGUUGCACAAAAGCUUUGGUAUUGUGUUGCCACUGUCGGUGGUCAAUACAUCUGGGCACGGUUGCAAUCGUUCUCUGCUUUUCGUAGGUGGGGCGAUUCUGAACAGAGGUCACUAGCACGAGGAGCGUGGAUUAUGAUACAACGCAUAGAAGGACUCUAUAAAGCUGCCUCAUUUUGCAACCUGCUUUUAUUUCUCUAUACAGGAAGGUAUAGGACUCUUAUUGAAAGAGCUCUAAGAGCUAGGCUGGUUUAUGGGAGCCCUAUUAUGAACCGAGCAGUUAGCUUUGAGUACAUGAACCGCCAGUUAGUAUGGAAUGAAUUCUCGGAGAUGUUAUUGUUGCUUCUUCCUCUUCUUAACUCAUCAUCCGUGAAAAACUUUCUUCGCCUGUUUUCCAAGGAUAAAUCUUCAAGUUCAACAGAUGAUGACUCUGCUUGCCCCAUCUGCCAGGCCAGUCCAACCGUUCCAUUUUUCGCUCUCCCCUGUCAGCACAGAUACUGCUACUACUGCCUAAGAACACGGUGUGCAGCAGUCCCGUCCUUCAGAUGUUCCAGAUGUAAUGAACCAGUCGUUGCCAUGCAGCGGCAGGCCAACAAUCCAAAUCAAAAGCAAUGAUAAUCACAGAUGGAGAUGCAAGCAUUUUAUAGUACAAGCAAAAAAGUACAAAAUAAAGUAAUAUUUACCUUCCUUCCCUACAUCUAUUAAGCAUCAUAUGUU